UAACUAAAAUCUUUUAUAAUUAAAUUACCUUAUCAACAAGAAAAGAAAGUAAAAUAUCUUGUUAUCUUAAAAAGACUCUAAAUUAGGAAUCUGAGUUUAGAUAACGAGACCGACAGAAGAAGCGAUUUCUACGGACCCUUGGCCCUUUCUGCCAUAAAUGAAGCUAAGAGAAUGCCAUUCAAUUCAAUCUAAAGAGAGAAUAACAAAAAACAAUGCCAAAUAUAGGAUUUAGUCAUAUUAGAGUCUAACUAUUUGCUUAACAAAAAAAAAACUACUAGUAGAUAUACCAUUGGACAUUGGUCAACGGAAAAUAAUUAAUUAGUAAAUCGAAUUUUAAACACAAAGACAAAACCUUUUCUUUCGGGUGUCUCGAGACGAACACCAACUUCAAAACUUCUUUCUAUUUUUAUUUUUAUUUUGGUUUUUUUUGUUAACUUCUUUCUAUUUCUUUUCUAUGAUCCUCUCUAUCUUUAGGUUUUCAGGUUUCCGAGAAGAUCUUAAAAGUUUCUGAACUCUUUCAUGGCGGUAGACCAAAGCAAAGAAGCUUCUCCCUUGUCUUGUGCUCUUCCAAUGUACAACUCUAAAUAUUCAAGUUAUGUCACUGACGAAGAUUCAAACGAUAUGAAUCAUACGACAAAACAUAAAAGAACCAACGCUUUUCUUUUGAAUUCUGCUUCAGCUCACGAUCUAAGAUGUCUAGAGGUCGAGAAAGAGAAGCAAGACCCUAAAUCACCGAGAGGAGCCUUAGAAGCCUGCUUAACCCGUUCCUCAAUCUCUUCCUCUUCCUCUGACGACCCUCCUCCAAACAGAGAAGCUAGCGAUAACGCAGAUGCAGACACAGACGCACAGUGCAAGAAUCACAGAGCAUCUUCGAACUGGGGAAAAUUCUUCAAGCUAUGGAAACGCAGAUCCAUGAAACGCCUCUCUUCCUUUCCUCCAUUAAGUGGCGCCGCCCCAUCGAUCUCCAAAAGCAACAAAACACACAUCGAUGGUAUGGUCCUUCACGAUAUCUACGAUUUCCAAUCAUCUCUCCACAACUUCUCAAUCUCUGACAUCGAAAUUGCAACUGACAAUUUCAGUCCAGAAAACAUUAUUGGAAGAGGCGGUUAUGCUGAGGUAUACCAGGGAAUUCUACCGGAAGGAAAGCUAAUCGCUGUGAAACGCCUGACGAAAGGCACACCGGAUGAGCAAACAGCCGAGUUUCUAUCGGAACUUGGGAUAAUAGCUCAUGUUGAUCAUCCGAACACAGCCAAAUUCAUCGGUUGUUGUAUCGAGGGUGGAAUGCAUCUCGUGUUCCGGCUAUCUCCUCUUGGAAGCUUAGGCUCUCUCCUCCAUGGACCAUCGAAAUAUAAGCUGACUUGGAGCAGACGUUACAAUGUAGCGUUAGGAACAGCAGAUGGACUAGUGUAUCUUCAUGAGGGUUGUCAAAGACGAAUUAUUCAUCGAGACAUCAAAGCCGAUAAUAUUCUUCUCACCGAAGAUUUUCAACCACAGAUUUGCGAUUUCGGGUUAGCCAAAUGGCUUCCCAAACAAUUGACACACCAUAACGUGUCCAAAUUCGAGGGAACAUUCGGGUACUUUGCACCAGAAUAUUUCAUGCACGGAAUUGUAGACGAGAAGACAGAUGUUUUUGCCUUUGGAGUUCUCCUCUUGGAGCUCAUAACGGGCCACCCUGCUCUUGACGAGUCUCAGCAGAGCCUUGUCUUAUGGGCUAAGCCGUUGCUAGAGAAAAAAGCUAUAAGAGAAUUGGUGGAUCCGUCUCUUGGAGAUGAGUAUAACAGAGAAGAGCUUAUCCGGUUAACUUCCACAGCUUCUUUAUGCAUCGAUCAGUCUUCUCUUCUACGACCCCGGAUGAGCCAGGUUGUGGAAUUACUACUAGGUCACGAAGGUGUCGUAAUGACUCCAAGAGAAGCCAAGAUAAAGAUGAUGCAACGCACGUAUUCAGAAGAAUUAUUAGAUAGUGUAGAAUAUAACUCCACAAAGUACUUGGGAGAUCUUGAUCGCAUUCGAGAGAUUGCUUUAGCUUCUUGAAAUUGAUCAAAAUUACAAUUAUGUGAAACUAUUUUGGUUUCUUUCAUUGGUGAAUGUAACUCAUCGUAAAAAAUUACAAAAAACUAGAAUAUGGAUAAGGUUUCAUUUCAUACAUAAAAAAAAAUAGCUGAAAUUUUUAAUGGAUGGGAGUGGAACAAACCAAAUUAAAACCGGUUUACUUCCUCUUAAAUUCGGUUUCAUAUGAUUUUGAUUUAGUAUGAAAUCACGUGGCAGUCACGUGCAACGUUGUUAGAUUUACGAAAAAUAUCUAAAAACAGAGAAGAGUGAUGAUGAUA